GUUGACGUUUGAUGUUUAUAAAAAUUCGUGUUCUUUUUUGUAAACUUCCUUCAAUAAUUAAAAGAAAAACAGAAAUUGUGUGGUAUAAAAUAAUUUCCUUCGCUAGUAUAUUAUAUUAUAAAACUAAUCAAAAUGCCGUCAAUGAAAGUGGAGGGUGAUAGCGAUGGUGAUGGUGACAUGUCUGGAGGUGAUACGGAGCGUUCUGGAGGAUCAUCUCGAGGUCCUGAUAGGGACUCUAGCGCCGAGGAAGCUGACGAACCCGACUCUGAUGAUUCAUCAGAGAUGGAUGAGAGUGAAUGUGAGAGGCGCCGAAAUGAAUGCUUGGACAAUUUAGCAAAUUUAGAACGUCAAUUUGCUAUUCUGAGAGAGCAACUUUACUGUGAGCGUGUAAAACAUGUUGAGUAUCAGCUUGCAGAAGUGCGCGGUGGUCGUUCUCAAGAGUACCAAGGGCCAUUGAGAAGGCUCCAAGAGAAUAUGAGGAUAAGAAUCGAAGUUGCUGGAGUCUUGAAGCAGUUACGUAUGGAGAACAUCAAACACACCUACGAAGCUGAGGAACAGGCCGCUCAUCAGCAUUUUAAGAGCGAGAAAUGGUUAGCAUACGAGACUCUUAAAGAAGAAAUCCAAGAGAAAAUUCGUAAGUUGGAAGAGGAGCGUCAUACAGUGGAACUCUGGCCUUGCACCGAGUGGGGUCGCCGUCGGCGCAAGAGGCAGAUAACCGUCUCACCGCCGUACGUGGUGUACAUGCUGCCCGAUUCAGAUAUCAUGGAAGAUUGGAGGCUAAUACGGAAACUUCUAGAAAGAAACGACUGAUUAUAUACGAAUUUUGUAAUCAUUACAAGUAGCAACAUACAAACAUUUGAAGUGAGUAUUAUCGGUCGAAAUAUGUUUCUAUUAAUUAAGGUACAUACAUAUUUCUUUUUAUAUUGUAAUUUCAAUCUAUAUUAUUUCUCACGAAAAUAAAGUCUUGAUGUAUCUUGACGACAUUGUAAAAUUGUUGUAGUGCUUUAAUGUAACAUCUUUUUAAAGAAAUACGUUUCUUCCAAAAUGGUUUCCAUAAUAAUAAAGUUGAUUUACAUCAGUUGUGCGUUCAUUGAAUGAGAAUAUAGUCAUUAGGUACGCCCGGUUUCUGAAUUGAGAAUUUAAAUUUAAGAACGUCUCAAACAAAUGUCGCAUAAAACAGUUUUUCAUUUCUGAAUCUAUUUUUUUUUUAUUGAUCAAGUUGAUAUCAGUUUGUCAGAACAAAUACUUUUUGACUUGUGAAACGUACAAAUUUUAAGUUAUUGAAAGUAAUCUGUUAAGUUUUGUACUUUUCUCAAUUUAGUAAUCGGCUAUUAGUCUGUCUAUUUUUCAUCAGCAGUCUACGGUAUAUAUAAAAAUUUACCGUCAUCUGUUCAGUUUCUAUCUUAGAUUACAUGUGUUGCUAUAAUCAGAGUUUACACUUUUAUUUUUUUUAUUUUUAAUAAGCUUUUUACUUUUUCUUUCUCUAUGUUUGAUAAAACCGAGAUAAAACGACC